AUCAGUAGAUGAGACAGUUGAGGAAUACGGACAUCACAACGCGGUUGGACGUUUAUAUGGUUUCUGUAGCAAUACCCGUUUUUUACGCCUAUAUAUAUAAUUUUUUUCUGUCGAAGACUGCCAUUAUUUACGUGGAUAUAAUAAUGGUGUGAAGGUGGACAAACGGCCGGGGACCGAGGACGGAAUGUUGAUAUCACCAACGCUUCGCCAAGAUUUCUGCGUUAAUCAGUAUCUGAACGCCGGUGACGUGAACAUGGAUAUCGCCGAUGGAGCAGAGGCACUUUCCUUGGAGGAAAUCUUGUCGUUGUACAGCCAGCCGAUCAAUGAAGAGCAGGGAUGGGCUGUUUGUUACCAAUGUUGCAGAACUUUGGUUCAGAAACACCGGAGGAUAAAUUCCAAGACCUCCAGCGCUUCAGUUGGGGAUUUGCCGAGAAGGAUUGAAGGACCUGGAGAUGUACGGAUUCUGAGAGAUGGAACAGUUCAAUUACACCAACAAGACAGCACAGAUAAACCCAGACCUCCCAACACGUCCUUAGAGGUGAUUGAAUCUCUGGGAAUCAUGAUCUACAAGGCGUUGGACUACAGUCUGAAGGAGAGCGAGGAGAGAGAGCUCAGUCCGCCUCUGGAGCAACUCAUAGACGUGAUGACCAACAUGGCAGAGAUGGAGAGGAACCGUGACCCCUGCCCUGAUGAAGGUUACGAGGCCACCGAGGAGGAGGAAGACCCGAACACUGUCUGUAAUGUUAAAGGAUUCAGAGACAUCAUCACGCUGUGUACGUCCCACCUGGCCAGCCCCUCUGAUGCCCCUAACCACUACCAGGCUGUGUGUCGGGCGCUCUACGCCGAGACCAGAGAGCUACGCACCUUCCUGGAGAAGAUCAGGAGUGCCAAAGAGAACCUGCGGCGGAUGGAGCGAGACACUGGAGAGGAACCAAUCAGAGAUGUCAACGAGCUACAGAACGCUGACUGGGCGAAGUUCUGGAUGCAGGUGAUGGGUGACCUGCGUAACGGGGUCAAGCUGAAGAAGGUCCAGGAGAGACAGUACAGCCCUCUACCUAUAGAGUUCCAGCUCACGCCUUACGAGAUGCUGAUGGAUGACAUCCGCUUCAAACGAUACAAACUACGGAACGUCAUGCUGAAUGGAGACAUCCCUCCCAGGUUAAAGAAGAGUGCUCAUGAGGUCAUCCUGGACUUCAUCCGCUCCAGACCACCUCUCAACCCUGUUACUGCUAGGAAGUUGAAGCCUCACCCUGCGUGGCCGCAGACCCUCCAUGAGCGUCUCUUAGAGGGCAUCAAACAGGAGAGGAAGCUACGGCCUGUAUCACCUGACAUGAUCCGACGCAACCGCCUGGGAAGAACCGGUGUUGAUGACCGGACCAUAUUGGAGAUGUUCCCUCCUAUAGGAGCAGUCAAAAGCAUCAGCAUCCCUCAAGAUCUGAACCGCAGCUCAGACCUGUCCACUCCAGAUGCCCCCAGGAAGCACGUCGCCAGCACCCUGUCCUGUCCACCAGCUCCCGGGCUGGGAGGGGCUCUGUGUCAGAGGAAGAGGCUCCUGAAGGCGCCCACGUUGGCUGAACUGGGAAGCUCAGAGUCUGAU